ACUGCGUCCAUGUGAAUGAAGCCGUGCACAGAAAGUAAGAAAGAAAAGGAAAGCAGGAGGCCAACGCGAAGCCCAAGAAGAGAGCGGAGCGGAGGAAGAAGAAGACGCGGCAUCAUGGCGGCGGCUCAUGCGGCGGCGGCGCCGGCGCCGGCGUCCCCCACCCACCGCGCGUCCAUCCAGGCGACGUCGACCCCGCCGUACCCCAGUGCGGCCCGGAUCGCCGACUCCUCCUGCUUCCCCCAGUACACCGCCUCCCUCAAGUGUCUGGAGACCAACCAGGACAAGAGCAAGUGCCAGCAGAAGUUUGACGACUACAAGGAGUGCAAGAAGAGAGAGAGGGAGGCUCGGCUGGAACGGAACCGGAGCCGGACAUUGUUCGGGUGAGCAAUCCGAGGACCACUGUGCAGUGAAGUGGAAAAGUUAAUGCUAGUGAAACCGUGACUUUGUUUAAUUUCCUGUUGUUAAUUUAAGCUGUUAAAGCUAGAAAGUAGUAGAGCACUGUGGUUUCAUAGAGAUGUAAGGACAAGAUGUCACUGGAGAGUUUCUUCAAUAAAAUGGUACUUCCGGAAA